AUGAAAGAGCAUAUGAUUGUCGCAUUUUGUUUCCUUAUUUUCAUGAUACCUUGGGUUAUUGGCCUUAUUAGACCUGAUCUAUUCAGCAAUCUGGAAAUAGGACCACUUCAAGCUUACGGGGAUAUGGGA